GACGAUUAUUACUUAUCGGCAUACAUUUGACUUAUUUUUUCUGCUCAAAUUUAACAAAGAUCUAAAAUUAUAAUGUGUAUAAUAGUAUAAAUUAUAAAAAGAAUGCUUGAAAUAUUAUCAAUACUUUAUAAUGAUCUAGACUAAUACUAUUUUACGCAACUAUUAAUUUUCAUUUGAAAAGUGACAGUAAUAUGAAAAAAUCAUUCAUCCGCAAGUGGAUAGUGCAUCAAGAACUCGAUGUAUAGUGUGUGUCUACUAGAAUAUAUAAUUUAGGAUCUAAUUUGUGUUGUUUGCUUGGUCUUCUUUGGAUUUCGUUUGAAAUAAUUUGAUCUGUGGUGUAAAUUACAAUUUGUUUUUUGUUUCUUUCGAUCGAUUUAUUAUUUAAUGAUAUAUUAAUCAAAGAAUUAUUGAAAAUGACUUGAUAUAUCAUUAAUGAACAGUGAUUAUAUAGAGUGUCUACGUGUAUUCAGGUUAUGUUAACAGUAAGACUAUAGUAAUAGUCUUGCUGAUGUAGGUUCAAAGCUAUAUUCAGGAGGAAGUUUAUAACAUGAUAGAAACUUUAGUUGAAGAAAAUGCCUGGUGUUACUGGGUUGUCUGCGUCGGAGCGUUACUGUCAUUUCUUGGUCUUGUUGCUGCUUGUAUUUGCAGUUGUCGACGUAAUCAGACUAAAAAUGAAUUUCCUGGAUUAUGUGGAAUGGUAACAAUUAAUCAUUCUGAAAAUGAUGAUUUCAAUACAUUACCAUCCGUGGAAAUUACUCAAGUUCUACCAACACAAGAUACAACAGAUAAUGGCAAAAGAACAAGUGGAGCUAAUAGAAGCUUACCAGAUAUACCAAAAGAUAAAAAUAGAGGAGAAGUUGCUACAGAAUCUGUAUCUCAAGAUAUUUAUGAAACUAGUGAAAUAAAUUCUGAAUUGUAUGCUACAGUUCAAGAUACAGAAGAGCAACAAUCUGAAAGAGAAACACAAGGCCUUUCUCAACAAAUUUCUUUAGUUCAAGAUAACUCAGCAUAUCAACUUGCAAGAUUUACACCAUCUACAUCCAAAAAUGAUGAACAUCCAUAUGCUCAACUUCAAAGUAUUCAGAAAUCUGAAGCUGAUCAAUCACAUAGAAAUAGCAGUACUCAAGUGACUAAUGUUGAUAAACCAUCGACAUCAUCAAGUCAUGCAAAUGGAAAUCCAGUAGCACCUCCAAGAACUCGGAAAUCAUCAUCUUAUAAUUCACUCCUAAGUGCUGAAAACUCUAACGAUAUACAAGCUGCAAAUGCUAUUUCUGGAGGUGUGCAAGCCAAUCAAGAUUUACCAUAUAUGACACCACCUCUUGCUAUGUUACUUCUUCACCCACCACAGCCAUCGCAACAUAGUACAUCACAACAUUUUAGUGGUGAUUCUCAGGAUUCUAAAGGAUACACAAGUAUAAGUGUACGAGAACCUUUAGCUAAUAUAUUAGCACAAACAAAAGCAGCUUAUCAACAAAAUCAACCAACACGUUUACCUGUUGAUCCUCAUUAUGCAACUGUAUCUGAUGAUUCAGAUGAAAUGUAUGCUGCUAUUGAUGAACAAGAAAAAAUUUAUACUAGUGGUAGUGAAACAUAUGCUCAAAUCCAACCUACAAUAUUAGAAGCACAUAGAAUUACACAUAGUGAUCAAAAUUCAUUUAAUCAAGUAUCAUUGCGUUCUGAAGAAACACAUACUGCUCCACAACCACCAAGUGUUGAUAGUUUACGUCAUGUUGCUCAUGCGCAUUCAAGACAAGCAUCAUCAUCAAGUGCCAAUAGUUCUAUCAUAAACCCAGGUUCUCCAAAACCAGAAAAACGUCAAGCAAAUUCACCAUUACCUCCUCCACCAGAAGCAAUUUCAGAUGCAUAUGCGGCUGUCGAUAAAAGAGCAAAAAAUGAUGAACGAAUAAGACCUAAUUUAUCAACUGGAAAAUCUUUAGAAGAUAUGUAUGCUAAAGUUAUGAAAAAGAAAAGAGAUGCUGAAGAGCAAAGUGACGGUCCUACAUGUUCUAACAUUUUACAUCCAGAAGUAACACCUUCCAAUAGAAAACUUAGUCUCAUAGAAAUUAGCAGAGCAUCAUGGUCUAGUCAUGAUUCAGUAGAAAUACAAAAAGAAGAGCAUGAUACUAUUCAUUACACCAUACCAGCAAAUACUGUUAUUAAUAUUCACACUGAAAUGGAAAACAAUUGUUUAAAAUUAUCUAGAAUUUCUGAUGAAGAUACAAAUUUGUUAAAUCAAGAUAUUAAUCAUGGUUAUGAAUCUGUGAAUUCCAAAAGAAAUUUAGCGGCCCGAAGUUUUCCUGUUUGUGAUUCUAAUUAUGAAAUGCCACAUCUUCAAUCUUUAAGAAAUAAUGAUUAUCAAAGUACAUCAACAUCAGUACGUAACGGUCCUGAUUUAUUAUUGACAUAUCCUACACCUUAUAAACAUAGACAAGUUAGUAAUGCAAGCAGUGAAGAUCCAGGAUAUGAAAAAGUUAGAUUACGAAGACGAAUUGAUCUAGAUCAGGAUACAGAUUCCGAGCCAAAUUAUGAGAGCAUGCCACAUGAUUCGGGAGAACCAAAUUAUGCUUCAGUAUGCCGUCCUGGUGAUAGUGAUACAGAUCCAAAUUAUGAAUCUGUAAGUCAUGGAGAUCCAAAUUACGAAAGUGUGAGAUACAUGAGUGUUGCUGCAUCUGAAGAACCACCAUAUGAACAGACUAUGAAAAGAUAAAUCCAAGUAAUGCUUUGGAACAAUGCAGUAAUGGAGAUACAGACGAUGAACAGUAUGUUCAGGUAUAGUGUACCUUUUAUAUAUAUAUAUGUGUGUAUAUAUAUAUAUAUAAAUAACUAUGUGCAGUAGCUGAUAUUGAUGAGGUUUGUUUAAUGCAGCAUGAAGCUUUCGCAGGUGAAUUUACUGAGUAUACUUUUUAUUUUUAUGAAAUACAUUUUAUCAUCUUGGCUUCAAAGCUAUAAACAGACAAUUUAGUACUAUUUGUAUUUAGUAUGAAACCAUUUUGUGCUGAUGUUUAAAUGUGUUAAGAAAAUGUUACAAAAUAAGGAGGGUAAGACUGAUAGAGACAAACAGUGAGAGUAAUGUACAAGUAAAAUCUGACUUAAUGUUAUGUUUAAUUAUUUUAAUUGGUAGCAUGUUUCAACAGUAAGAUAAAAAACUAUAAAGUUACCAAUAAAAAAAAAGCCAUUUAUGUGAUUGCAUAAAGAAUUGACCAGUACAUAUGGAGUGUGCUAUGGAUUAAACAUAGUUGGAAAUUUAUGGAUUAAAAUUAGCAGAUGUCACAUAAACAUUAUUAAAUAACAAAAUUAUUAUUUCUUCUGUGAAUGGUGCAUGCUGUGCCUUGUUGUAUUGACUACUCUCUAUACAGAAUAUAUUUAUUUUUAUUUACAUGUCACAAACAACCAGGUCACAAAAAUGUAUCCUAUUCUUUAGUCUAAUGAAAUAGUACUCUCAUAGCUUCAUAUAAUAAUUUACUGCCACGUAUUGUAAAUAUUAAUUUUAUUGCUAUUUACUAAGUUAAUAUACGUAUUAAAUUAUGAAUAAUUAUUUAUUUAUUAUAUAUUAAUUUUUAUAAAACAAAUAUCAUUUUUUUUGUUUUUAAUAUAUGCACAAUAUAUACAUUAAUAUUUUGACAAGUCCUAUAACAUAUAGACUUAAAUAGACAAAUAUAAGAAAAAAGACUUCAUUGCCAGAGAAUUUUGCAGUCAAAAGAUAUUAAUUUAUUAUACAUUUAUAAUUUUGUAAUUUGAUUAAAAUGUAUGUAUGUUCUUAUAUUAUAGAGUGUAAAUAUAGGUAAAAUACAUACAUUGUUUAUUUAUUAUAAGUAUUGAUUUUGAAUACUUGUAAAUUAGAAAAUUGAGUUGUCUUUGUGUUAUGUAAUUAUAUAUUAUUUUUAUUGUAGUAAUAAUUUCAUAUUAUAAUUUGUUUUAUACAGUUCCAUUUAAUAAUGUAGUUCUCUUUCAUGAUAGAAAUGUAAUUUGAGUGUGUUUUCUGUAAAGAUACAUUUAUGUGCAAUACUAUAAUUUGUAUAUUAUAUAAUAUUAUAAUAUAUGUCAUAUAUAUUAUACAUUAUAUAUUAUAUAAUAUGAAUUAAAUAUUGUGGAUAAUUCUUAUAAAGCUUUGGGUACUAUCAACAUUACUGAAUGCAAUAGCUUUAAGUUUUACACAGAGACUAGUUUCAUAAUAACAAUAGAAACAAUAUAUAGCUACCUUAAUACAUAUUAUAUAAUACAUAUACAGAUAUAUAAAGUAAGCAAGAUCAAUUUUCAAUGCUUUAUAAGAUUAAUGUAUAAGACAAACUGAUUUUUUAUUUUCUUGCUAAAAUGUUUGUGAAAUAACUAAAAGGUUAUUUAGAAUUACAAACAAAAAUGUAUAAUUAUUUUUCAAAUUGGAAAAUGUAGUAUAUCAAUAAUAUCAAUUUAAUUAUUUGGUGCUAUUUUUUGUUAUAGUGUUCAAUGCGCUUAUAAUUUUAAUGCAUAAAUAGCUUUAUCAAUAUUUGAAAAGAUAUUUUCAAAAUAUAUACCUUGACAACUAUUUCCUAACAUAUCUUAUAAUCUCAUAUUUAAUAGCAAAUAUAAUAGUAUAUUUUAUGAAAAUAAUAUAAAAUAAAUAUGAAUGUAGAUAAUGCAUUGUACAUACUAGAGCUGCUUUUUUAUAUUAUUACAUUAGGUAUAUAACUAUUAUAUGUGUGUACAUAAACAUAAUAUUUUAAUAUAACACAUUUUUAUAUUAGAUAUCCAAUUAGAUUGAUAGAUAUCUCAAAUUCACUGUAAUUCUUAAUCACUAUUUGAUAAAUUAAUAUAAUGCUUUGGAAAAAAAAUAUAACCAAAAGCAAAAGUAAAUUUACUUUUGGAGCAACAUAUAAUGUUAACAUUUUAAUCAGAAAGUAUAAUAUUCCUUUUGUAUUUUUGCUGAAUUUUGGAAUUUUGUAUAAUAAAAAAAAAAAAAAGAAUUUUUGAAUACAA